AGCAUCAGGUUAGACGUUUUGUAAACCCGGAGUUUGUGUUGUGAAAAUUUCCUCUAGUACAUUCAGUUAUAUUCAUUUAACAUUAAGACUGAAUAAUUUUCUUAUUAUAUAUCUUUUCGGCUGUAUUUAUUUAAUUUAGUGAGAAGGGGAGCCAGCUUGAAAUUAAAUCUUCAAAUGUGUACUCCAGCUUGAAGUAUAAAAUUUAUUUCAUAUGAAAAUGAGUUAUAAUGUCAGAGAUAUUUGCGAAGACACGAAAAUGGCUCGCGAAUAUGCACUUUUGGGAAAUUAUGAGACAUCAUUAGUAUAUUAUCAAGGAGCCAUCCAGCAAAUCCAUAGGCUGCUAGCAACUAUAGCAGAUGCAUCGCGAAAGGAAAGGUGGCAACAGUACUUUUUUUUACAGAUCCAGCAAAAAAUUGCUCAGGAGUUUGAGGCAGUACGAGAUAUUCAAACUGCUCUCUCUGACCUCAACACAGAGUUGAAUAUUGACAGAGCCAUAACUGGAAGACAGACCUACGAUAUAACAACCAUCCCAACAGAAAUGUGGGCUCCACCUCCCCCUAGAGAUCCUGAUGUGUGGCCUCCGCCUACCCCUGUUGAACAUAAGCACGGUCCACCAGUACGUCCAAUUCGCAAUGUGAGAAGAAAUGAGCCAACAAAACCAACUGGCAGUAGAAAUUGCCCCAGCACUAACAGAUCAAAUAAUGAAAGGUACAAGAGAGGAAACACGGACUCUAAAUCUAAAAAGGAAGAUAAAAGUCGUAAGGAGAAAAAGGAGGAUAAUAAAGAAGAUAAAGAACCUGAGGAGAAAAAAUUUGAUGGAUCUGGUUAUGACAGGGAACUCGUGGAAAUGUUGGAACGUGACAUACUUCAAAAGCACCCUAGCGUUCGCUGGGAUGAUAUUGCAGAUCUGGAAGAAGCCAAAAAAUUGCUAGAAGAAGCUGUUGUGCUGCCUAUGUGGAUGCCAGACUUUUUUAAAGGAAUUCGAAGACCUUGGAAAGGAGUCCUAAUGGUUGGUCCUCCAGGGACUGGUAAAACUAUGUUGGCCAAGGCAGUUGCUACUGAAUGUAAAACUACUUUUUUCAAUGUGUCGUCCUCAACUCUGACCUCCAAGUAUAGAGGUGAAUCGGAAAAGCUUGUCCGUCUGCUGUUUGAAAUGGCCCGCUUUUAUGCUCCAAGUACAAUAUUUAUAGAUGAAAUAGAUUCUUUGUGUUCUCGUAGAGGCUCCGAUUCAGAACACGAGGCAAGCAGGAGAGUAAAAUCUGAACUGUUAAUUCAGAUGGAAGGUAUUACUAGUACAGAAGAUCCUAGCAAAGUCGUAAUGGUGUUAGCAGCAACUAAUUUUCCAUGGGACAUAGAUGAAGCUUUGCGAAGGAGGUUGGAGAAGCGAAUUUAUAUUCCACUUCCAAAUGCUGCUGGUAGAGAAGCACUUUUAAAAAUAAAUCUUAGAGAAGUCGAAGUAGAUCCAGAGUUGGACUUGGAAGAGGUUGCAAAUAGCUUAGAAGGAUAUUCUGGUGCUGAUAUUACUAAUGUUUGCAGGGAUGCUUCGAUGAUGGCGAUGCGAAGAAAAAUUGCUGGGUUGACUCCUGAAGAAAUUCGAAACUUACCAAAGGAAGAGUUAGAACUACCUGUAAGUCCAGAUGAUUUUCGGGAAGCGAUUAAAAAAAUUAAUAAAUCAGUUAGCAAAGAGGAUCUUGAAAAAUAUGAAAAAUGGAUGGCUGAAUUCGGAUCCACAUGAAUAUUCACAUAUGAAAUUUCUAUGCUUACUUGGCAUAGCAAAUUUGCCUGCAUUACAGAUAUUUUGUUUUGGAAAUAUAUGUUCAUAAAAAAUGUUUGGUUUUUUAUACAAAUAACAGAACUCUUUAAAAUGUAAUAUAAUUGUAACAUAUUUAUAUUUUGAAAGAAGUAAUAAAAAAUUAAUCUAGAUGUGUUUUUAUGGAUGAGGAUGCGACUGUGAUUUCAUCACCUGCAUUCCUUGCAGUUCAUCUAGUGCACAAUAAGUAGUGGAGAUAAUUAAAAUUUUAUUAGACUGCAUCAAAAUUAUGCUUGCACAAUUGAAAAGAAAGAAGAAAAGGAAACUUUUCUUAAUGUGAGGAAACUUUUUUUAAAGUUUUUUAAUAAUAAAAUGUGCUUUUCAGAUGUUAUUGAAUAUCCAAUCAAAACAUAUUUGUUAAACUUAAAUGUCUUAAUUGUUAAGAAAGAGCACAUCUUAAAAAAAUUAAUUUAUUGUAAUUGUCUCGAUAUUUAGAUUCUUCAUUCACAUUUAUUGCAUAAAUAUGAAUAUCUAACAUGCUUUAAGGGAGAUAGGUUUGACUAAAUAAUUAAAAAACUGUUAGGAAUUAAAUGUGUUAAAUAAUCUUUACGUGUUUAAAUAGACUGUUAAAUUGUUAGAAGUUUUUUCCGAAAUAUAUAUAAUAUCUUUAGAAGAUUAAAUAUGAAAUCAUUGAUGUUAAAAUAAUCAGAUUUGGAGUACCUUGAAAUAUUUCUAAAAAUUACCAACAAAUAAUAAUUGUUGUUUGAUAAUAACUUCAUCAAAGCAUUCAUGUGCCUAGACACAAUGAAAUCUAUAAACCCAUUAUUAUUUGGUUGAGCAGUGUGAAAUGUCCACAAGAACAGAAAAUAAUAUUUAUGAUAUUUAAUUUGAGUAAUGAACCAAUAGGCAUUUACAAGUUUUAAUUUAGAGAUUAGAUACUACUUAAGGUAUUGCCAGUUGACAUUCCAGAUUCAAGGUUUCAGGAUUUGUUACAAGAAAAGUAAUCUAAAAAACAUUAAAAGUGUGGGGGAACAUCAAAUCACAUGUCAGGAAGAAGCAGUACGUGGACAGUGAUGCUGUGUGGGGAAAUGUGCCUAAAGCCUUCCAGUUUGUGACACCAUAGCUGCUAAAGUGGAUGAGUAGGAGGUCAUUUAGGCAUAUCAAGCUGUGCAGGGAUAAUGGUGGUGCAUAUACAGACAUUAUGAACAUGUAAUUGUAAGUGUUAUUAAAGUUGCAAGGAAAUAAUUGCAUGUGUAAAGGGUCUUUCUGGCCACCCUGUAUUUUAUUUAAAUGCAAUUGCUAAACACUUAAUAUUCUUUAUAGUGUGGUUUUUGCAUUUUAUUGACUGAUCAGCAUUCAUUUGAUCAGAAGAUUAAAAUAAAAUAAUUUUUGUUUUGUUUGGCACUGUGAAAAAGUCGCUUUAUUUAUAUGGCUGAAAAUGGAUCUGGUGCUGAUUCAUAUGUUUUUUGUUCAAUUAAAUAACUUUCUAAGAAUUUUCUUUCAUCUGUAUUCUCAAAUAAUCGGCACUUGAAAAUGAUUUUUUAUUCUUCUGACAGCAUUCAAAAUUAGUUUAGAAAACCAUCUCUCUCCAGUAUGUUGUUCUGAAAUGUUACCUUCAUAUUGCAGGUUAUUUUCCCAGUAAUAUGUAUCUUUUAUCAUAAAUAAAAUAUGUAAAUAUAACUUGAUUCAUCUUUCAUUAGAAAAACAGAAUAAACUUGGCAAAAUGAAAAUGCAAAAAAAGUAAUUCCUGAUUACUAAUUACACACAUUGCCAGUUUUGAGUUGGUGUUUCAAAGUUACACAUUUUUCUCAUUUUUAAAACAAGUUCAAAUAGAAAACAGCUGGAAAUGGACAUUUCACACUGCAUAAUUUGAUACCUGCCUAUCAGAAUGUUUAAUAUUAUAAAUAUCUAACUGAAAAGAUUAUUUUUUUACCUUUUAAAACCACUGACUUUUUGGGUAUUGCUUAGAUGCUAUUUUCUUGUGCACCUGGUGGUUGUGCUAAUAUACUUAAACUGUGAUACAAACUUUUGAAUAAAAAAAUUGCUACUUUCA